CACACACACACACACACACACACACACACACACACACACACACACACACACACACACUGACAUAGUUGUUUUGCGAUGAACAGGUGUUCUCCUGUCUCACCUUCAGCAAUGCUCUUGCUUAUCUUGAUCCAACUGUGGACUUAGGAGGAAAGGAAGGAGAGAAGGAAGACAAGAGAGAGACACACCACUCAAAGAAGGAGGAGAAGAAGAAUGGGAUAGAGAAAGAGAGCGAGAUCAACAGGAAAAAGUGAGACAGAGUGUGGCCAAGCAUGGGGAGAGACAGACUGACUAGAGGACUGGCUCUGCGCCUGUGUCUUCUCCUCACCACUCUCUGUGUCUGUGUACAUGUUUACCUGGAACUGGGGGAAAGGAAGGGGGCACCUUCACCCCUCACAUUGGGACAUCCCACACAGACCAGUCAGGUGCUACCGGACAGCAGGGCGAGGACACGGGGGGCAGAAGACCCCAUGCAGCACCGGGUUGGGGCUGAGGACAGAGCUGUGAAGAGAAGGGUGUCCUACGUACGCACGCUGAAGAAGGACUCUGGAGCAGGGAAGACAGUGGGCGGGGAGGAGCCCUCCACAUGCUGCCCACCUCUGCGCCUGAACAGAAAGUCUGCCAGGUGGCACAUAGUGCUGGAGCCGUGGGCCAGUGACAGCCACUCCCUGGAGGAGGAAGCACGGAGGUUCCUCAGCUACAUCACUACACCACAGGUGUUUUGUGCCCCCACUUCCCCAGAGGGCCCCGUGGUACAGGGAGUUCAGGAGGGGCCAGAGGGGCCCUGGGCAGUGUGUCUGGACAGCAGGUACAGCCUGGCACAACGGAUACACAUCCAACACUGCCGGGUCUACUCUCUGGGGUUGGGUAUGGAGGAUAAGACUCUGGAGCGCUCUCUGGCCAGGGCGGGCUGUGAAGUGCACUGUUUUGACCCCAGCCUUAGGCAGGCCCACCUACAGGAGUCAGACAUGUGGCUCCACCGUCUCUCCGUAGACUGGAGGGAUCCGAACCCAGCCAUCCCCAACCAGCGACAGCACAGCAACACCAAGAAACUGGCCACCAUACUCAAUGACUUUGGACACAGACAGGUGGAUGUUCUGAAGGCAGACAUGGAGAGUGCGGAGUGGAAGAUUCUGGAGAACCUGGUUCUAGAAGGGGUUCUGAGCUCUGUGGGUCAGCUACUACUAGAAAUCCACCUCCACUGGGCGGGCUUCGAGGUGGGCGGAGACGACCCAUCCGUGGUGCGCUAUUGGUUCAGCCUACUGAAGGAGCUGGAGCAUGCUCACUUCCGCCUCUUCCGUUACCACAGCGACCCAGCAAAGCCCCGCCUCUUCCUGCACCGAAACAUUCUGAAUGCCAGCAGUACCUAUACACUGGGCUGGGUCAAUACUCAGUGGAGGCCCUGAGAGCUGACUGACUGAUGGACAGGGCUCUGGCCAAUGAGAAGGGGAGACUCUGGGAAAUGCAGUUCAGGUACGAUGGGAAACAGCGUCGUCGUCAAUCCCAUGGGAUGUUUCCCUUUGGAUAUUUAUUUCUGACCAAUACCAGAUUUUUCAUGCUAACCAAAGUACUGUACUCCAGAAAAGGAAUGCCUCUAUCUAUGAAGGUUUAUGUAAAGUGUUGUGAGCUAUACUGUCCUCCUAACAAGCUCCUAUCAUUUCAACAUUUUGAAUCACCACUCCCCUACCCUUCCCUGAUAUGACCUUAGUCUUUGUGAGGUAAUUGCCUCGAAGGCCCAAAGUCCAUCUUUCGGUCAGAGCUGCUUCAAAGUGGCUGUGUUCUGUGUUGGUUUGAGGUCAGCCGGCGAGCACUGCGGCGGCCAUCUGUCAUCAUGGCCUUAUCUGGGCUUGGCCCUGAGCCAGCCACCCCUAACAGAGACAGAUACAUCCACCCCCUCCUGGAGAAUUCUCCUCAGAGGCAUGGGUAAUGAAUAGUGAGGUAAGACCACAGCCCAAACUAAUAGCCUCAAAUUGUCCUCAGGAUCUUCUGCAUUAAAAAGGGUACAUAGGGCUGGGGGAGUAGCUGUCAAGACUGAGGCUGAGCACGCCUCAUUUAGCCCAGGGAUGAGUUUCUGUGGGAGGCUACUUACGAGGCAGGAGGGGGGAGGAGGCUGGAGGUGGAAGGUAAAGGCUCAAACGUUUGCCUGGCAGGACAGACAAUAUGCCUCCUGAAGAGAGACAAAGACGUGACCGUCUACCCAGAGAACGACACUACCUGGGUUUCAACAGACAUGGUCACUGUACUGGGUGUAGGUUAAAAGGGGAAAACAACUAUCAAGUAUGUGAAGAAUCCCCUCAGAAUUGCCUCACUCGUCUUAUGUCAAUACACAUUUAACAUCUAUGACACUUUACAUUAAACUGGGACUUUGAAAAGACUUAAGGAAACGAUGUAUGCCAAGUUGUAAGGAGACCGGGUCUGCCUGAGCAAAUAUUGAAUCAGGAUGAUUCGGAUAGCUAAUACCAAAGAUGGUGAAAUCUGUGUUAGUAUGUAACCUUAACUGCAGCUAUAAUGAGCAGUUUCCUGAGGCAAUAGUAUGGUCUCUCCCUCUACAGAAUUUGAAUAAUAGAAAAUGUCAAUCCAGCCGCCACAACUCCCACUCUUUCUCAAACCGUUUUCCGUCAAGUGCAUUAGGAUUUCUUCUCUUUAGUAACAGUUCCCUUCUCACCAUUAAAUCCACACAAACCCCCUCUGAAAAGUAGUUGGAAAGCUGCAGAGAGAAGUAAAGGGAGACAGAGAUUGAGUCAAUUUUUCUGACUCAAAAAUUCAGUCUCUCUUCUUUACUUUUCUCUGCAGCUUUCCAACUACUUUGUCACCAAAUGUAUUACAAAAUUCUAGACCGUUCAGGCUUACAUUUUAUGGAUUAAUACAUUCUGAAAACUCUUUCAAUUAAAAAUGUAUACCCCUGAUCUUUUGAUGAGUCUAUAAAGACACUUAGGGAAAUAGUGACUUGUCUACACUUCUCUCUUCAGAUUGGGUUUGUGUGGAUUUAAUGGUGAGAAGGGAACUGUUACUAAAGAGAAGAAAUCCUAAUACACUUGACG